AUGUGUUUAGCAUCACACAAGCACGUACUACUUACGAGUAGUUGGAUGCUGGAGUGUUGUCGGAGAGAGCGAAUUAGCCUGUUUUACAGGUUUUUUUCUCAGCCUGGAGUCGUAGAGACUGAGGUUUCCGGUAUCGCUGACGUCAAGUUGGUAUCUGGGCCGGUGUCAAUGUGUGGUUGGAAGAGCUGGAAAUCCAGUCAUCAGCCCCACCUUCAUGGCCUUGGACGCGAGGCAGCUGUAGCAGAUCGUCUGUUGAGAGAAAGGGAGAGAGAGAGAGAGAUGUAUAUGUACCAGGAGGUGUGA